CUCCUCAGUUGUCUUUAAAACCAUGAAGUAAAAAUGGAGGAGGAACAAAAAAAACAAAGAGGAACUGCGAAGUUCAGUCCCUCUCGGCUAGCAGUGAGCGGAGGAAGUAAAGGGGGGAGUUGUAAGAGGCGGUGUCAACAGCCUGCUGAUGAAAGAGGCAACUUUGCAGAAAGAAGCAACUUGACAUAUCAGGACUUCUACCGCUGUAGAAAUAGCUCAGGCAUACGAAGCCCAUGCAAACACAGAAUUGCAGAAGUUCAGUGGAAGCUUAUCGCUUCCCUGAGAAGAAAAGCACAUUUUCAGUUUCGUAUGCCUAAUAAGAGUGAACACUCAAUUGCCCUCUCUUCGGGCCACCCUGCUAAAAUCCAGCGUUCAUUGUAUGUAUCCAGGUGGAGGAUAGAAAUCAGGCAGCCCACUCUGCCAGGGAAGAAGCCAAGCCUUGGCUGCAUAAAUUAAAGGAGGCAAUUUCGGCACAACGGAAUCUCCAGACUAUAAAUACUGAGUUAGUGAACACUUGCCAGACAUUGGAGCAGAAAACAAGAAAACCGAAAACAACAGUUGAGUCACUGAGAACAAAGUUAAUUCAAGGACAACUCCAUGGCUUGCUGUUUCAGAGCUCUUUAGACGAGGAAUUUCCUCCUUACUAUCCCUUUUGCUGCACAGAUAGAAUUCCUCACCUGCUCCAGGAACAGUUGAAGCAGUGUGGCCCAAAACGAUAUAGUGGUCAAGAAGCAAGAAUACAUCAGCGACCCCUGACCUUCAAACACACAUGCUGGUACACACCUCUGCUGGAUGCCUUGCAUCUGGAUAGUUUUACAGCAGUUCCAAGACUGGAAUUGACACCUUUCUCCUGUGUAGCCAACCAAAUCCAUGCUUCCUGUGAAAGGCCCAAAGAUGGAGAAAUAGAGGAUGGCAAUUUGGAUGUGACUAGAACACACAAGUGCCCAGGCCCUACAGCCGGCCCCCCCCCAGGAACAGAUUUUCCAGGUUGCAUCAGGAUGAGUAAUGACCCAAGUAUGGAAGAGGAUGGUGUUGAACGCUUGUAUUCCGAGAGCCUGCCGCAGCCCAGGGAUUGUUCUACCCUACCAUCUCCUGCACACACUUCAUCCACAGAGAGUACUGUAACUUCAAGUGAUUCUGGAUCGGAAAUGUUGAGUAUGGCUUCUGGUGACCUUGACUGCAAACCGCUCUGUGAGAAAGAGGAGGAAAGAUCAGCUUCUGCUGUGAUAAAGACCGAAGGUGAAAGUCCAGCUCCCAAAAAUACUGCACUCCAGGUCUCUGUGAGUGAAGAAAAAACCAUGUCAAAUCAGGAAGCUACAGGGGAACCAGAAACAAUAGAUAAGCACAGAAAAGAAUGUAUUGCAGGAGAUGCUGCUAUUUCUUCCCUUCCUGCGACCACUGUGAAGUCUGUUAACUUUAGACAAAGCGACAACACUUCUGCUAAUGAGAAGGAGGUAGAGGCCGAAUUUCUCAGAUUAUCUUUGGGAUUUAAAUGUGACUUGUUCACCUUGGAGAAAAGGGUGAAGCUUGAAGAAAGAUCCCGGGACUUGGCAGAAGAAAAUUUGAAGAAAGAAAUUACUAACUGUUUAAAACUGUUAGAGUCUUUAACACCUCUUUGUGAGGAUGACAGCCAAGCCCAGGAAAUCAUUAAGAAGCUGGAGAAGAGUAUAACAUUUCUUAGCCAGUGUACAGCACGAGUGGCCAGUAGGGCUGAGAUGCUGGGCGCCAUUAAUCAGGAAAGCCGGGUUAGUAAAGCAGUUGAAGUGAUGAUUCAGCAUGUAGAAAAUCUAAAGAGAAUGUAUACCAAAGAGCACGCUGAAUUAGAAGAACUGAAACAGGUUCUUCUGCAAAAUGAAAGGUCUUAUAACCCUCUUGAAGAUGAAGAUGACUGCCAAAUUAAAAAACGGUCAGCGUCUCUAAACUCCAAGCCAUCUUCUCUUCGAAGAGUGACCAUUGCCUCUUUGCCCAGAAAUAUUGGAAAUGCAGGAAUGGUGGCUGGGAUGGAAAAUAAUGACCGAUUUGGUAGGAGGUCAAGCAGUUGGCGUAUUUUGGGGUCAAAGCAGAGUGAACACCGUCCCUCAUUACAUCGAUUUAUUAGCACCUAUUCCUGGGCAGAUGCUGAAGAAGAAAAAUGUGAACUAAAAACUAAAGAUGACUUGGGACCACCUGAAGAAGAAAUAGUCGAAAGGACAAGAAAGCCAAGUCUUUCUGAAAAGAAAAACAAUCCAUCAAAAUGGGACGUCUCUUCAAUGUACCACACAAUAGCUUCCUGGGCCACCAAUCUCACGACUUUCAUCAGGGAGGCCAAUAAGGCCCUCUGGCUUUCUGUGGCUUUCAUUGUACUGUUUGCAGCACUGAUGAGCUUCUUCACAGGCCGAUUUUUCCAAAAGUCCGUGGAUGCUGCUCCCACACAGGAUGGGGACUCCUGGAUGACUCUGGAACGUAUCUUGUGGCCAUUUGCCAGACUCCGACACAAUGGGCCUCCGCCAGUGUGACAUCCUAACGUGUGUAUCUUGAUUUUUAAAGUUUCAGUAUCUGAACUUUGUAAACUAGUAACUUUUAGCUGGGAGAUUAGAGCAUGGAACCACAGGUUCUUAGAAUGAUUUGUAAGAUAUUUUAUAGUCCCCCUUUUUGUGAUGACCUUCCAAACUAAAAUACAAUGGGGAGGAAGCCUGCCUAUAAGAUUUUUUAAUGGGCUUUUUGAGGAGGCGCUGUUAUUGUUUGUUAAAAUUUAUUGAAAUAAAGAACGAUUCAAAUUUUUGUACAGUGAA